GAAAAAAAAAGCACUUCAGCUGCAAGUGACGCAACUCUCCCCCUUCUUUUCCCCUUCCUUUUUUGUUCCAUUUGUCCCACAGAUUCUUCUCCUUCCUCUGCUUUUCCUUAUCAUAUGCGCUCGCCACCUUCGCCCCACAAACCCCUCUGCUUUUCCCUAAACCUAACCUCCUUUCCUUCUCCCUCUUCUUCUUUUUUAUCAAUAUAAUAUCAUAUCCCAUGGCUGAAGAGCACAACCACGAAGAAGUUCAACAUCAUCAAACCAGCAUGAACGAUGUAAACGACAAACGCAAACGAAUGGCACCACUAUCAACAUACUCACCCAGAGACCCUCGCCGUACUUUCUGUACAUUUAUCACCGUCUUCCUCCUCUUAGCAGGUCUCACUGUUCUCAUAGUCUGGUUAGUUUACCGACCCCAUAAACCCCAGUUCACUGUAGUUGGUGCUGCCAUCUAUGACCUCAACACCACAUCCCCUCCCUACAUCUCCACGUCUAUGCAGUUCACUCUUGUCACCAGAAACCCCAACAAAAGAGUCACCAUCAUAUAUGAUAAACUCUCAGCUUAUGUUUCAUAUAGGAACCAAGCCAUAACGCCUCCAGUGGUGUUGCCUCCGCUUUAUCAUGAAAAGAAGAGCACGGUGGCGCUCUCGCCGGUUCUGGGCGGAGCCGGUGUGCCGGUGUCCGUAGAUGUGGCUAAUGGGUUGAUGAUGGAUGAGGGUUACGGGGUGGUGGCAUUGAGGGUGGUGUUGCUGGGGAGGUUAAGAUGGAAGGCUGGAGCUAUAAAGACUGGGAGGUAUGGAGUUUAUGUGAAGUGUGACAUCUGGGUGGGUUUGAAGAAGGGCGUGGUUGGGCAAGUUCCUUUGCUUGGAUCUCCACAGUGCAAAGUCGAUGUGUGAAGUUAAGCAUAUAUGUAUACUAAAUAACAAGGCUUUUGUUCUUGUUCCUGUUCUGGUUUUCCCUUUUGUAUAAAUUUCAGUGUACUUUUUGUAAUUGUAUCUAUAAGACAAGCAUCUUUCUUUUAAUAA